AUCCAACCAUAUCAUGCGUGUAUCAUGCAGGGAUAUGACAACUACGUUUAUUUCUUUGUUGAUUUAUAGAAAUUAGAGUAACAAGUGUCUUACCACACAUACUUCUUGCCAUCAACGUAAAAUUAGUGUAAAGAAUCUUCCCAAUAUCUGUCAUCAAGCACAAUGUCACACCAAACUGGAAUCCAAGCCAAUGAUGAACUUAAAACAUACUUUGCCAAGUGUAGGGAUGGUCAAAUUCGUCUUCUUAAAGUCAUCAUUGAGAAUGAACAAUUAGUCUUGGGGACAUGUAUGAAGCAAGAGCGCACCUGGGAAGAGGAUUAUGAUAAUUUUAUUUUGCCCCAAAUUGAGGGGAAUAAACCUUGCUAUAUACUUUACAGGUUUGAUUCAUGGAAUGUGUCUGGUUAUGACUGGCUUCUUAUCAGCUGGGUGCCCGAUAGUGCUAGUGUCAGGCAGAAGAUGUUGUAUGCUUCUACCAAGGCUACACUAAAGACUGAGUUUGGAUCAUCUUUGAUUACUGAAGAAAUGCAUUGCACAAUAAUGGGUGAUAUAAAUCUUGAUGGCUAUAAGAAACACAAGUGUACUACAAAUGCGCCCGCACCUUUAACUAGUAGGGAAGAAGAAUUGCAGGAAAUCAGGAAAUCUGAAGUAAGAACCGAUGUCAGUGUUGAUUCAAAGCAUCAAACUUUGAGUGGUGUGUUAUUUCCUAUUGCUCAAGAAAUCAAGGACUCUCUCAGUCAUCUUUGCUCAGGAAAAAUUGACUAUAUUCAGAUGAAAAUUGACAUUGAAGCAGAAAAAGUGCUGCUGGAAACAGCUGAAAAAAUCACGGUGGAUUCCUUAGCAAAGAAAAUUCCAGCAGAUCAUGCGCGUUAUCAUUUAUACAAGUUUUGUCAUACUCAUGAGGGUGAUUACUUGGAAAGUAUAGUGUUCAUUUACUCUAUGCCUGGAUAUAAUUGCACAAUCAAGGAGAGAAUGCUGUAUUCCAGCUGCAAGCAACCCUUAGUUGAUUCAAUCUCAAGUUGGGGAGUUGAUAUAGCCAAAAAGUUGGAGAUUGAUGAUGCCUCUGAAUUAUCUGAGAAAUAUCUAUACGAAGAGUUACACCCUAUCAAGAAUUUACAUCAGCCUAAAUUUGCCAAACCAAAAGGGCCUCCAAAUCGCGGACCCCGCCGUCUCACAAAACCCACAGAUUAAAUGAUACAAUGAUGGCUUAAAAUGGAAUCAACUACCUUGAUUUUUAAUUUUACAAUUCACAAUUCAAUUUUGAUACGUUUUGAAGUACAGGAAUGUUUUAAAGUAUUAUUUUGUUGAUACAACAAUAUUAGCAAUAUUUAUAUUUAUAUAUAGCGGUUGAACGGUUGAACAGUUCAUAUUUGAUGAUAUAAAGCAUUUGUAUCAAACAUUUUUAUGUAAGCUCAAAAUGCUCUAAGUAUUUUAAGCUAAAUAUCGUACUUCUGUUAUAUGUUAAUUACCAUUCAUUAAUUCUUUAAUAAUAUACAUUAUUCAAUUUCA